AUGGCAGCCCUUGAAUCUACGAAAGGCCUUCCCAGUGGAUGGCGUGAUGGGCUUCGCUCGCUGCAUGACCUCGCAGGAUGUGAAGGUUACAACAAGGCGGCGCGGCCGAUAGCGGGCAGUGUUGCCGAGCUGUUGCAGGCUCUGGAUUUGGAGGAUGACGGUACCGAUCAAGCAGUGGACAGGCAACGGCUGAAGAGGAGCUACCGUGAGCUCUCGGUGAAGCACCAUCCCGACAAGUCCGCGGAGUCGUCCGGAUUCCAACGCCUGCGGCAUGCUUUCGAAAUUCUUGAUGAUCCAGUCAAGCUGCUAUUGUACGACAGCGCAGGGCUAGAACUGGUGAGACAGUACGAGAUGCAUCCUGAUGAGGUUCCGACAACUGAGAACUUAGAGGUUUCCCACAGCAUCUCCCUGGAGGAAGCAUAUGCAGGUGGUGACUAUGCCUUGGGCCUGAGCAGACAGAUCCUUUGCCUCUCCUGUCGGCACCAACCGCGUUUGCCCCGCUGCCGACGAUGCCAGGCAUGUCCGGAUGAGGUGCACCUACGACAGGUUUGGAUCAACCAGUGGGAGUAUUACACGGAGGAAAUGCUCGUGCCAAGCCGUGAGAGAUGCAGACAGACAGAGAUGAGCUUGAACAUGACAAUCGAGCGCGGUGCAAUGAGCGGAGAUAGACUGCGGUUUGAGUACAUGGCAGCACAAUUGCCAGGACAUGUUCCUGGCGAUGUGCUUGUUAACCUCGACGUUCGGAAACACCCUGUGUUCAAGCGAAGGGGUUCUGAUCUCGUGCUUCCGCUUCCUAUCUCCUUGCUGGAGGCCCUCGUGGGCUUCAAGCGCGAGGUUGUGCACCUCGAUGGCCGCGUGCUACACAUUUCUGUUCCGAGGGGCGCCGUCGUGCACCCUGAAAGUGUGUUGGAAAUUGAAGCGGCGGGCAUGCCUGUACACGAAGAUCCGUCGACCUUUGGCCGUUUGUUGGUUCAGUUCCAGAUUGAAUUUCCGGAGCAUGUGGACCCUGCGACCGCCGCGCAACUCGAGGCACGGCGUCAGCGGCACAUCGGAAAGGCAGCAGAGCAAACCCCAAGAAAUGCCUCCCACGAGCCGGAGCUGGACACCCUGCGAGAUGAGGCUUUUGUCUCGACUCGUCGGGCGAUGGCGCAUGCAGCGAUGCCGCGGCGUCGGGACCAACCGGGGCCUGGGCACUAUGAGAUCCCGCACUUCCUGACUCAGAGUACGAGGGGAGCGAGCUUGAAGAUUGGCAGCCGGAUGGGGAACCAGGCGGAGCUUGUGCCUGGGCCGACAGACUAUGUCUCCAAGCCCAUGUGCCCAACCGAAAAGCGGGCGACCCACAUCAGGUUUGGCACGGCGAAGCGCUUUGGGAGGAUUGGCGAGGACACUCCUGGGCCCUGCCAGUAUACACCUCAUAAUCCAACGGCCACUUCGGAGCGUCGAAGCAUUGGCGAAAAGACCGGCAUGAAGCUGCCUGGGCUUGGCGACGCAACACCUGGCCCUGGUGCCUACACGCCGAAGGUUGGGCAACGAAGCCCCGGGACGGCUUUUUACCGAGGUUCUCCGAGGUCUCCGUUCGCUCCAUUCAAGGAUGGCCCAGGCCCGGCUGCAUACAUGACGGAGCAGGAGUCCAGGCUCGCCCUGAAUAGCAACGGCUUCGGUUAUGGGCCUCGACUACAUGGACUGUCUGACGACAAUUCGCCGGGCCCCGGAUCCUACACUUGGGACCUGAAGCCUUAUGGUCCCAAGAUCAGUAUGACGCCCAGACGGGACUAUGACACAUGA